AUGGCUUGGUUUUUGGUUUUUGCCCCCCAACCUCUCCCGUCGAGAUCUGCAGGAUACAUUUGCGAUGUCCAGUACAGCCGCUACUUGGAAAGGCGUAGCAAGCGCAUCGCCCGGGCAGCUGCGUGCGUUGCCACGCUGAAGCUUACGGUAGGCCGAGAGGAAGCCGAAAAAGAUGAAUUUCAAAUAAAGGUGCUGAAGGCGUUGGCCGAGAGUCUCCAAGUACCUGAAACGCGCCUUGCCAUUCAGGGUCUCUCAGAGGGCCGAGGUUUCGUGAAGCUCAACGUCUUGCUCACACGUCCCUCAGAGGACCAGAAGGGGAAAUCCUGCAGUGAGCUUUGGCAAAAGCUGAAGUCAGAGCUGAAGAAGGUCCAAGAGGGUGCGCUCAGUUGCAUCGAUAGCAUCGUGGUGGAUGGCGAUGCGGACGAGACCACGAAGGUGUACUCCAUUUGGUUAACUCCCAGUGGCAAAACCGCUGAUGUGUGCAAGAAGGCCAUGGCUGAACUGAGCUCCAAAUUGGACGCCCCCAGCUUCGAACCUCACGUGACGCUGGGCGAAGUCUCGGGUGAAGAGCAGGAGGUCCUGGCCAUGGUGGAGCGCUUCGCGCGCGAAACGUCCACCUUCGCCGUGGAUUUGGAGACCCUGGAGGUUGACCAAUCGUACUUCUCGGGAGUGUACUUCCCUGCAAGGACAUCGGAUGCCUUGUUUGCAGCCUUCGAUGCUAUCACCUCACAACUGCCCAGUGGCUGGCCACAAUGGCUGGGCGGUCGCAGCUGCCGCUGGCGCGGUGCAAGAACACGAUCAGACUUCAGAGCAAUCUUGCCCAUGGCCUAUGUGAAGGACCUGGCCGGGGCGCCCGAGGUCGGCGUGGCGCCCAGCGAAGCCAGCUUCACGGCGAUGCAGGUGAGCGUUUGGGAGACCGACCCCGAGGACUUCACCUGCAAGUCGUGGAAGGAAGUGAAGACGUUCAAGUUUGAAGGAAAGAAACCGCCCUCCUUUUGGCGACUGCUGUGGCGCUUUUCCAAGGUGGCUGCGCCAGAGUUUCUUCAGAUCGGUCUUGGAACAGCACUGAGUCUCGUUGCGAAUGUGGUGGUUGACUGGGCGAUUCAGCACGACUCAGACCUCUUCACGGGGAAGCAUGUGGGGAAGGACACGAGCGAGUUGGUGCGCGUGUUGGGCCACGGGCUGAUGAUUUGGGGCGCGGUGAACCAACUCUUUACCAACUCUCGGAUGCUCAUGGAAAGAUCCGGCAAGCGCAUUGGUUGCCGACUUCAAGAGCAGCUUUUCCAAAAGUUGAUCCAACAAGAUGUGAAGUGGAUCCAGCAAAAGGGUGCUGAUGAGCUGUACAAGACCUUGAUGAAACGCACUGACAACGUUCAGCGGGUUUUCACAAAUCAAAUUCCACAGCUGAUCACCAUGGCCUCGAAUCUGGUCAUGAACAUUGGUUUUCUGUGGUUCUCGAAGCCGCGGCUGUGCGCCUUUGGCAUUGGCAUGUUUGCGUUCCAGAACAUCGGCAACAGCGUCUUCGACAACAUCUUGAGACUGGCACGAGACCACGACCACAAGCUGGAGGAGGUCAAGGAGAACGCCUUGGAAGUCCUGCAGAACUUUCGCACGGUGCGAGCCUUUGGCCGGGAGGAGAAAGAGAAGCAAUCCUUUCACUCGUGUAUGGCCCAAGCACUGCGUCUUCGCUUCAGUGACGUUGUGGACAAGUUCACGGACUUGGGAUGUUGGUUCGUCUCGGAGUUCACCUUCCAAGUGGCCUACAUGUAUGGCGGCAUCUUGGUGAACUUGAACUACAUCAAAGCCACCGAAGUGAAGGAUGCCGUCUCGAAAUCCUUCAGGGCCGUGUGGCCGCUCUACCAAUUGAGACGCCAGCUAACCCACCAGUCCACCUUCAUGGAGGACGCGGCGGCGGUCCUGGAAGCCCUGGAGCGUCCGCCCGAGAUCCCCUUCGGCGACGAACGUAUGUUCAGCCCUUCAACCGAGAAGAUCAACGGAAGGAUUGAGGCCAAGGGCGUUUGCUUCUCCUAUUCGGACGACUUGGACGCUGCUGCUCUCAAGGAGGUGACCUUCGAGAUCCCCUGUGGCUCCAUGGUGGGCCUCGUGGGACCGUCGGGCUGCGGCAAGUCCACGCUCUUCAACUUGCUGCUGCGCUUCUAUGAUCCGCAGAAAGGUGCCAUUGAAGUGGAUGGCGUUGACCUGGCCAAGUGGAAUCCUCAGGCUCUCUACCGAGCGGUCUCUUGGGUGUCCCAGGAUCAGUGUGUCUUUACGGGGUCCGUGAUUGAGAACAUCCGCUACGGCAUGCCACACGCCACGGAGGAAGAGGUUCUGCAGGUGAUGCGGGAAGCUGAUCUCUAUGAUGAUGUAAUGAAGAAGCCCAGUGGCGUUGCGACUGCGGCCAGCGAACUCAGUGGAGGUCAGAAGCAGCGGCUCUCCAUCGCCCGCGCCCUGCUGCGGAACCCGAAGAUUCUGCUGCUUGACGAAGCGACCUCGGCACUGGACACCGUCUCCGAGCGGAAGGUUCAGAAGGCCUUGGAAAAGCUGAUGAAGGGCAGGACGGUGAUCGCCAUCGCGCAUCGGCUCUCAACGAUCAUGAAUGCGGACUUGAUCCUUGUAAUGGAGGCUGGAAAGGUCAUUGAGCAGGGCACGCACACCGAGUUGCUGAAGAAAAGUGGCAGCAAAUAUGCGAAUCUGGUGCAGCAGCAGCUGGCCGUGGAGGACAAAAAGGACGACACCUCGGCCGAUCCGAAGGUGGUGGAGGAGUGUGCAGCCCAGUUACAGCUGCUUCGAGAGAAGGUGCCCGAGGAUCUGGUCGAAGAGGUGGACCGAGCAGCACAAGCUCUGAAGAAUGCCGCUGCAACGCUGCGGGAAGAGAGAAAGCGCCUGGCCAUGAAGGAGCGCAGUCUCCUGGGCACUACCUCCAAGUGGAAAACGGCCGGUGAUUCGGUGCGGCGAGCUGUGCGCACUCUGGCGCUGAUGCGUUCCUCCAGUGAGGCCCUUCCAAGACCGCAAGCGCCGCAGCUUCAACGUCGUUUGUCGGCGAAUGACCAGGAUGACGUGGACCGCGCACUGCUGGAACUGGAGCAAGGUGAUAGUCCAAAAGCUGAAGCUGCCACCUGA